AAGUAAUUGACAUUGACGUAAACGUCAAAAUUGUCGAAAAUUUUAUAAAAGUCAUCAACAAUGGAGGCUAUGGAUAUUGUAAUACCAGAGAAAGAGGAAGGCAGUCCUUCCGAAGCGAAACAGGUCUUGCAAGAUUUAGACAUGGAGGAUUUGUACACGAAAUACAAGAAAUUACAGCAGACAUUGGAAUUCUUAGAAGUCCAAGAAGAGUACAUCAAAGACGAGCAGAGGAACUUGAAAAAGGAGUACCUGCACGCCCAAGAAGAAGUCAAACGCAUCCAAUCAGUACCGUUGGUUAUCGGUCAAUUCUUAGAAGCCGUCGAUCAGAAUACCGGCAUUGUCGGUUCAACUACCGGUUCUAAUUACUACGUUCGAAUUCUCUCUACCAUCGAUAGGGAGUUAUUGAAACCGUCCGCUAGCGUAGCCCUACACAAGCACAGCAAUGCUUUGGUGGACGUCCUACCGCCCGAAGCGGACUCCUCCAUUAGCAUGCUACAAGCCGAUGAGAAACCGGACGUACAAUACAGCGAUAUCGGAGGUAUGGAUAUGCAAAAGCAGGAGAUUCGAGAGGCCGUAGAACUUCCGUUGACCCACUUUGAGCUGUACAAACAAAUCGGUAUAGACCCUCCGAGAGGUGUGCUGAUGUACGGCCCGCCCGGUUGCGGUAAAACCAUGCUCGCAAAAGCCGUAGCUCAUCACACCACAGCGGCUUUCAUUCGAGUGGUCGGUUCGGAGUUCGUGCAAAAGUACCUGGGCGAGGGGCCCCGGAUGGUGCGAGACGUGUUCCGCCUGGCCAAGGAGAAUUCCCCCGCCAUCAUCUUCAUCGACGAGAUCGACGCCAUCGCGACGAAGCGUUUCGACGCCCAAACGGGCGCCGAUCGCGAGGUGCAGAGGAUCCUGUUGGAGCUGUUGAACCAGAUGGACGGGUUCGAUCAGACCACCAACGUGAAGGUGAUCAUGGCGACGAAUCGGGCGGAUACGUUGGAUCCGGCUUUGCUGCGACCCGGUCGUUUGGAUAGGAAGAUCGAAUUUCCGUUGCCCGAUAGGAGGCAGAAGCGGUUGAUAUUCAGUACUAUUACAUCGAAAAUGAAUCUGUCUGAAGAGGUUGAUUUGGAGGAUUACGUUGCCAGGCCUGAUAGAAUAUCGGGGGCGGAUAUUAACGCCAUUUGCCAGGAAGCCGGGAUGCACGCUGUGAGAGAGAAUCGUUACAUCGUGUUGCCGAAGGAUUUCGAAAAGGGCUACAAGAAUAACAUCAAGAAGGAUGAAAGCGAACACGAAUUUUACAAAUGAGUAGUUUAUUGGUUGUUUUUUUGUAUGGUGUUUUAUUUAAUUCAAAAUUAAUAAUAAAGAUGUGUAUUAAAA